AUGUCGGAGAGCAUCGUCGACCAAUUGGCUGAUGCCGCCAACUCCGCCGGCCAGCGAAUCAAGGAGACCUUCGGAGCUGAGGAUACACAGGGCGAGGGCCGCAGCAACAUGCAGAUGACCAGCGGCGGCGGCGACCGUGACAAGGACCGUACCCAGACGUCCGCUAGCGAGGAUGCCCACGACCUUGCAUCGGCGGCGGAGGAUAAGACCAAUGAGGUCAUUGACCGUGCCAGAGAGGCGGCUGCGUGGCCGCAAGAGUCAAUAGUGGUGGUGGCAGUGGGUGUGGCAGUGAUGAGUGGCAGCCGGGUAGUCUUUCCCUGUCAAAGACGUCCUCACCUGUACUCCGUAGAAUGGCUCGAAUGGUGUGUGACCACCCAGGACAUGUCGCAGCGCGCCGACGAUGCAUACAAGGGCACCAAGGGCUUCGUGGCGGAUGAGUCGGAAAAGGCUCGCAGCGCCAUGGAUGACAUGAAGACCCGGGCCGCGGAGAGUGUUCCAGGCCGCGACACGCAAGAUCCACAGGUUACCAGCGAGACGGGUCAGAAUGCGGGAUACGAGGCGGCGCGCGAUAUGUCGGAGAAGGUCGAGGACGUGCUUGGGAUGUCUGCGUAG